CCCAACUUUGUUAGUUUGCUUUCCCUUCCUUCUCGUCAUAUCUCAGUAUGCGCUGGCGAUUGGGUUACCUAGCGUACUUUGCGAGUCAAUUUAUUUGGGGUUCAAAUGCAGCAGAAUGCAGGCCACUCACAGUUUCACUUCCCUUCAAGAGUAAUGUGCUAGCCAACCGCGCAGAGGCUCGCGGUGUAUCAUUUAAGAUUGGCAGGCCAAACGCCCAAACAAUAGCUUUGUUACCCAGCGCUUCGUAUAAUGAUACGUACAUGUAUGGCACAAAUGGCUUCUGCGCCGCGAACACAACGCUCGAAAAAUGUACUUCAUACCGAGGCGGCCUUUACGAUAGCGCGCUGUCGGAGGGGAGCAAAACGGGGACAUCAAUCAAGCAUAUCUGGGAUGACGCAACCGCAAAGUGGACUACCGACGAUGUAGUCCUGCAAGAAGAGAUAGAGAAGGGCAUUACAUUGCAGCUUCCCCAAUUCGACUUUGGUGUUCGCGUCAGCUCAGCUCAUGCAUACGUAAACAAAGGCGAAUUGGGAUUAGGGAUGAACUCUACUUUCCUGAACGCGCUGGCAUCCACACAGAGGAUCGCAUCGAAGACGUACUCGUUCUUCUGGGGCACCGACACCGCCAUCUCGGACAAACUACGCAAUGGCUCGCUCACCCUCGGAGGCUAUGAUCAAGCUCUCAUUGGUGACUUCCCGAACACUACAACGACGUUUACCCGCAACCAGUGGCGGUGUCGCGAAGGCAUGGUCGUGGAAUUGACUAGUCUCAGCUUGCAGUCCGUAAGUGGAGGAACCCAGAACAUCCUAGAGGGAUCAGAGAAACUGCAGGCGUGCGUCGUGCCAACAAUUUCGAGUGUGCUCACUUUGCCCGCCAAAUAUUGGGACAAAAUGGCCAAGAUGAUGGGCGUCGAGCCAUCUCCCUUCAACAACGGCACUAGCAGCGAGUUGUUCUACCGCAUAGCUUCCGUCAAGCCUGAGAACGAAAUGUUUAGCGGCAACCUAUCAAUAACGAUAAAUAAUGCCAUCAACGUAACAAUCCGGAACGAGCAGCUCAUCUUCGAUGAACCGUACAUUGCAUCCAACGGUUUGAUAUCGCGCAACCAGGACUGGAAGAACAUCCCCAUCGUUCAAUAUACAGACACAAAUCAGAAUAUGCCGCGGCUAGGGGGUAUGUUCUUGUCGUCGGCGUAUCUGAUGGUCAACCACGAUAAGAACGAGUUCACAAUCUCGCCAGUACAAGAAGAACCUGCUGUGCCGAAGGUGGUAGCUAUUAGUACUGCAAGUAGGUGCGAUACAGCUGUAGAAGGUGGAACAUCUGCCGCUGCAAAGGGUUCAAGCGGGAUAUCAGGAGGGGUAAUUGCAGGCAUCGUUGUCGGUGUCGUAGCUGCCAUCGGCAUCAUGGCUGCUAUCGCUUUCAUGGUCUGGCGACGGAAGAGAGUGGCUCCAGCACCGAAGAGCCCGGUAUAUGAAAUAGCUGAUGAGGGAGGAAUGAUUGCUGAAAAACAUGGCUACAGUACAUCAGAAAUGUACGCGGGGCAGCCUGUGGGAGAGGUUAGCGGGGAGUCACGAGCUUAUGCUGUGGAAUUGGAUGGGAAUAGUAGACCGUCCGAAGUGCCAGCACAUGGAGUGGAAGGAGAGAGUUGGAUAGAUGAUCGAAGGCGAUAAUAUGGAGUUGGUCAACGAAGUAGAAAGUUGAAGCGAUAAUGAUACCCUGAUCCUACACGAAAGCACUGCUAACAUGACCUGACCGCACUUUGUCAGCGCUUAUAGUCACACUACGUCCAUCGAUAGCGUGUGUCAGGAUUUGACACAGAAGUAGCUAUAGUUUUCGAUGAUCACAAUAAGCUUAACCGCACGG